AUCCUAAAAAUAGUGGCUGUGGUUGAAGGUGAUCACGGAGAAUCCACAGAUCUACAAAAAGAUGAUCAGUCUUCAGCAAAAAGCUCAUCUUUGGCUAUGAAGAGUUUGUAAAACAACCCAUAGAGGACACAGAGAAGGUACAGAGUACUGAAGUCCAUGUUUGCUUUGGAAGCAACGUGUUUAUGUAAUACAGUGAUUCCACAGCCCAGUGUUACCCUCUAAAACACCAUCUCAUUUACUGCUGAUCAAACCUCUGGGUCAAGCACAGCUGUAUCAGAUGCAAUGAUGGUGAAGACAGAGACGGUUCUACAGUCAGCACUGCUGCUGUGUGUGUGCGGCGCACUGGCGCAGGAGUUCAUGUCGCCGAACGUGAACAUUAUGGAAGAACUGGGGAAACUGAAGAACAUGGAAGAACGACUGAGAACCAUGGAAGAAAGGCUGCAAACAAUGGAAGAAAAAAUGCAGAACCAGAACACAUUAGUAGAGCAACUGAAGAAGGAGAAUGGAGCUCUGAAGACGACGGUGGAAACAAUGCGGGCUAAACUGGAAUCACUGCAGAGCAUUAAAGCAGGAGGCUCUGAGGGUCCAACAGUUACCCACGGAUCUUCUGACGUUCCCAGCGGGCCAGUAAUUUCCCACGUCGAUGAAUGUGGAGACUACCCCACUAUUAAAAAUGGAAAUCUUUACGUGGAUCAAUAUGCAUUAACAUUCUGGUGUUAUCCGCCUUACAAACUCAGAGGACCAGAACAAGUAAUGUGUUUUAGUGGACAAUGGUCAGAGGUGCCUAUUUGUGAAGUGGAAUCUGACGUUCACAGCGGGCCAGUACCUUCCCACGUCAGGAACUGUGGAGAUUUACCCACUAUUGAACAUGGAGAUGUUACGGAGGAUCAAGAUCGGAGGGUAUUAACAGUUCAGUGUGCUGCAUUUUACAAACUCGAAGGACUAGAAGAAGUAAGGUGUGUUAACAGGAAAUGGUCAGAUCUGCCUGUUUGUAAAGCUCCAUGUAGACUGGAUCAGUCAAAGUUUCGUUUUCCUCAAGAUAAAUACAUGCAGCAUGGAGAACAGGACUGGUUUUUUUGUCUUUCCUCUCUGUCCUAUGUAGAUGUCAAAUGUGAUAACGGAAGAGCGCUCUACAGAGGAUGUGGUGAUUAUGAUUGAUGAGAUCUGUGUGAACGUCUUUCUGCUACAGCUUUUACUGAAACACACAAAACUGCAGAGCGACUGGAACGACCUGUAACUGCUUUAACUUUAAGCGUUACUGUAACGUUUCUCAGAACGUCCGAUUAAAAGCAGAUCCUGAAUAAAGAACUGUAGAGAA